CAUAAUAGCGGCGAUAAUGUGAGACAACGCGAACAACAGCACAGCCGCCGACAAGUGGUGACCACCAGUUGCGAAGGUGUGAGCGAUCCGGUGAUCGAAGAGCACUUCCGACGCUCGUUAGGCAAAGAAUACCAGCAACUGUUCGCCUCAUCGGCUACCGGUGCUGACGGCUCGGCCGGCGCCGACUCCGCCAACAAUAACUCCAUUACAUAUUCGGUGGACGACCACUUCGCCAAAGCGUUGGGCGACACAUGGAUUAGACUCCAGAAGACGGAGACAUCGCAACAAAAUAAUGCUCAGAGUAUUGCUUCAUAAAUACGCCACGAAUACAAUGAAACUAAUAAUACAAUACAUUAUGACCUCUCGUUUAGUGGAUUCCCCCCAUAAUAACGGAUACAAUAAUAUAAAUACUGUUUUUUAUAGUAUA